CAACGCCGCAAGCUCAUGAUGAUUGCCGUCUCAGUGAUCCUCGUUCUCGCGGUUUGCACGGCAGCUGCCAUUGCCAAUUCUGCUGCUUCUUCUUCCUCCUCCUUCUCCGCCUCCUCCCUUAAAUCUUCCUCCUCUUCCUCGACCUUGUCCUCCUCCAACUCCACCAAAGAAUUUCAAGUUCCCAACGCCGUUCAAGUCCUCUGCUCGCUGUCCGACAACCGCACUGUCUGUGAAUCCAAAUUGAAAGACGCAGUCAACUCAACGUCUACUCCUAAAGACCUCGUCCGUGCUACUGUAGCCAUCAUUGUCGACGAGGUCGGCAAAGCAUUCGACCACUCCGACACGAUCGGGACGAUGGCGGUAAAGAGCGCCGUGGAGGUCUGCCAAAAGCAGGUGGCGGAGCUCAACAGCGCGCUGAAUGCCAUCGACGCUUACCACCUGAACCAGCUCCCGGAGCAGGUGCACGAGCUCAAGAACUGGCUCAGCGCGGCCGCCACUUACCAAGAGACCUGCAUCGACGGCUUCCCUGACGGGGAGCAAAAGGACAAGAUACUGGCCGCCAUGACCACCGCCAAGCAGCUGACAUGCAACGCUUUGGCCAUCGUGGGCCGCUUGUCCUCGUUCCUUUCGCUCAUCAAAAUCGGCGGCGGGAGCAGCAGCCGGCGUCUCCUCGCCAAGGACCGAUUGAUCGAGGAGGAUGGGGUUCCCAACUGGCUUCGCGACGGCGACGUCAAACAGUUUCUCCUCGGCGGCGCAGUCAAGCAGCUGACCCCUAACGUAACAGUGGCCAAGGACGGCAGCGGAGACUUGAAGACCAUUUCCGAGGCGCUUGCUAAAAUACCAAGAUCCUACAACGGCCGGUAUCUGAUCUACGUGAAAGAAGGCGUGUACGAGGAGCAGGUGGUGGUGGACACGAACAUGAUCAACGUCACCAUGUACGGUGACGGCUCGAGGAAGAGCGUGAUCACCGGAAGCAAGAACUUCGUCGACGGCACCCAGACAUCUGAAACCGCCACCUUUGCGGCGAUCGGGAACGGAUUCAUUGCAAUAGCGAUCGGCUUCCAAAACACGGCGGGCGCAGCGAAGCACCAGGCGGUGGCCCUCCUGGUUCAGUCGGACCGCGCCAUCUUCCUCAACUGCUGCAUCGAGGCGUACCAGGACACGCUCUACGCUUACACCAACCGUCAGUUCUACCGCGGGUGCGUCAUCCUCGGCACCAUCGACUUCAUCUUCGGCAACGCCGCCGCCAUCUUCCAGAAUUGCAUCUUCAGCUUGCGGCGCCCCCUCGACAACCAGCAGAACGUCGUGCUGGCGCAGGGGCGCACAUGCAUCCACGAUGACACGGGGUUCGUGGUCCACAACAGCCAGUUCACCGCCGAGCCCGAUCUCGUGGCGGCGGUCGGCAAGAUCCCCAGCUACAUCGGCCGUCCCUGGAAGGAGUUCUCCCGCACUGUGGUCAUGGAGUCCGACAUCGGAGAUUUCAUCAGUCCCGAGGGGUACAUGCCGUGGGACGGCGACUUCGCCCUCAAAACACUUUACUACGCGGAGUACGGGAACAGGGGAGCUGGCGCGGACACCUCGAAGCGCGUCAAAUGGCCGGGCUUCAAGGUGAUCAGCCGGAACGACGCAGUCAACUUCACCCCGACGCCCUUCAUACAGGGAGAUGAUUGGAUCCCUCAAACCGGCACGCCGGUACGCUUAGGCUUGUAUGAUUGA